CAGUGCUUUGACGGUCGUUAAGCGUGAAACACACAACAAACAAAACAGCAAGUGAUUUACAAUAGCUCAAAGCUAGAGCGAGAACGAGAACGAGAAACAUAUGCUAACAGGAACCGUGACGACGCGAAUGCGAGCGGGAAAGAGCUAGAGAACGAAAGCGAAAAAGAACAAACGGAUUGAUUGCAAAGAAAACGUGCAAAGCUUAGGCACACGUAGUACUUAUAAUAGAGACAUCGACACUAAAUGAUAAUAGGCGAAAAUACAAAAAGAAAAACCCGAAACGAAAUCAGAGUGGACACAAAAACGUCAAGUGGACAAAACAGACACUGACUGACAACAGAUAGAGACAGGUGUGUGAGCGAUUAGAUUAACUUAACUUAAUUAAAAAACCAACAAUAAAACAAUUCAUUCAAUACCCAUAAAUCGUACAACUUAAGUUAAGCUCCACUAUCUCUAUAAAGACAAUUAUCAAAACUCUGACGUGAAGUGAAGUGAACGUGCACAAAAAAAAAUCACUCGUUUAGUUCCUGCCUAAAAUGUAGACUGACUGCAACACAGCAGCAACACAUCAACCCAAAAAGAAAAACCUUGCAAAAAACUAAGCAAACAAGAAGAAGAAGAAGUAGCGAACAACCGACAAGAACCGUUCGUGGCAAGAUGUAUGUGGCAAACACAACAGGCGGCCUCAUGCUGCAGACCAUGCUCUACUUGGCGAAUCACACGAGUCGUGCGGCAGUCAACACACUAAUCGAUCUGCCACCUGCCCCCAAAAGCGACAUCAACGAGGUAAAGUGCUUCGGCGUCUACGGCUGCUUUCCGAUCAACGGACCAUGGAACACUGUGACACGCACGAUCAGCGUGCAUCCGCAGAAGCCAUCGGAGAUCGAGGCGCAUUUUACGCUCCACACACGAAGCACGCUCGAUCAGCCCAAGUUUAUUGAUCUCACCGAUCCGGAUGCUGUGCAAGGAUUGGGCAUAAAUCCCCGAGGUCGCAUCUAUUUGCUGGUCCACGGCUACUUGGAAUACAGCAACAUACCAUGGAUGCUCGAAAUGGCCAAGGCGUUACUAAACAACUGUCAGGACAAUUGCAGUGUGAUCCUCAUCGAUUGGGGUCACGGGGCAAAUCCCCCCUACGUCCAGGCUGUUGCUAACAUACGAUUGGUGGGAGCCAUAACGGCGCAUGUCAUUCACAUGCUGUACGAGGAGUUGCAGUUGCCGAAUCUGGACAAGGUGCACAUCAUUGGUCACUCGCUGGGCGCCCAUUUAUCCGGCUAUGCGGGCACACAUUUGCAGCGUGACUUUGGCUUGAAAAUGGGACGCAUUACGGGCUUGGAUCCCGCGGCACCGCUCUUCACCGACACCGAUCCCAUUGUGCGUUUGGAUCGCACCGAUGCGCAUUUCGUGGAUGUUGUGCACACUGAUGCGAACCCCUUGAUGAAGGGCGGCCUGGGUAUCAUUCAGCGUUUGGGACACGUUGAUUUCUAUCCGAAUGGAGGCUUUGAUAAUCCCGGCUGCAACAAGAAGCUGCAGGAUGUGAUGAAGAACAAUCAGAAGGCAACGCUCUUCCUCACGAUGCAAGAGUUUCUCGGCUGUAAUCAUAUACGCAGCGAACAGUAUUUCACCGAGAGCAUUGACAGCAAAUGUCCCUUCCUCGGCAUCACCUGUGACUCCUACGACAGCUUCAAGGAUGCCAAAUGCAGCAGCUGCGAUGAGCCAGGACGUUUGUGCAUGCGCAUGGGCUUACACAGCGCACACGAUUAUCGCCAAGCGCAGGCACGUGGUCUGAUCAACUCAAAGGAUACACCUCCGGUGUUUUAUCUGAUGACUGGCGAGCGUCAACCGUUCUGCCGUCAACACUACAAGAUCACAGUGCGCGUAUCCAGUCACGAUGAGAGCACGCUGCAUGGCGGUGAAAUUGGCACGCUCUCCAUACGCGUGCAUGACGAGCACAGUCGCAAGAGCACCGAACGCAUGAAAUUCUCACCCAAACCGAUGUACUUUGAGCCCGGCUACGAGUACACGGCGCUGCUGGCCGGCAAGGAUCUGCGUGAUCCGGGACAUGCGACGGUCUUUUGGGAGUAUUCGACGAAUUUCCUCAAUCCGCUCACCUGGCGACUGCUCUCGGCGCCACGCGUCUAUCUGGAGUACGUGCUCAUCGAGUCGAUGGAAUCGAGUGAGACGUAUGUGAAACUCUGUCCGUUGCACGAGGGCGCCAUUCUCUCGAAUACGGAGAAUGUAUUGCAUACGCAUUACUGCAAGGAUUAGGCGAGACAGCAACCAUUCGCAAGCUAUACACAUUCACCACCCCCCACUUAGACAUUUAAUCGAAAGCUUUGCUGUGACAUGCCCAAAAGACGGCAACACUUUUUUUCCGCUUGCUGUUUGCGCUUCAGUCCAGACACGAACCAAUCAACAACCUCACGAAAUGUGUGUGGUGGCUGUCCUCGCUAAGUGUGAGAACGGAAGAAGCGCACGCAAACAAAACUGUUCCCGCUUUUAUUCGCCGCCCAUGCCACGCCGCCUCCGCUGGAACGCACGCACGCAAAGGCACAACAAAAGCAUUUUGUAUUUUAUUAUAGUAUUCGAUUAUAAAAUAAGAUAUGCGAUUGUAUCUAUCAUAAAUUAGAGCACUGGGAGCGCGCAAUGUUAUUUAUCUGUAUGUUUAUGUAUUAUAUAUACGUAUACCUAAUUGUUAUUUAUAUAAUAUUCGCUUUAAUUAACCAUUUUUUUUUUCAACUUUUUUUUGCUUAGAAUAUUUAUGAAUAUUUGAAAAUAAACCGAAAGUGAAAAUAAU